UGUGAGGAAGAGCACUGUGGUUAUCAUUCCAGUCCUAACUCCUCCACAUUUUGUUUUGGCGCUUGUCCGGAUCCAGGCAGCUCGCGUGGAUUGGCCUCAGGUGGUCCACUGUUCAACGUUGUGCAGAUGGAGGGGUGCAAGAAAAAAAGCCCAUUUGACGACACAUGGUGCCUGGUGGGUGUGGCGGACCUCGAUUUGCUCAAGCAGCCUCGUUUGCGCUGCACCACCACUCCGCCUGACACAUCCUGCGCGUCGACUUCGUCUCCUCAACACGUCCUUCUUUUCCUUCUCACCCUCUGGAAUAUGCUAGGUCUUCUCGGGCGCCCUUUUGGGCGCCUGCAACCCUCAAUUGCGCGAGCAGUGGUGGCGCCCGGCGCGCUAGCUUGUGCUUCUGCCGCCCCAGCAAGGAGAUUCAACUCGUCGGCCCCCAUCGUCGAGCCGCUGCCCGCCGCCCAGUCACCUUUCCCUUUUCCGGCAGUACCGUCCGCCCCGUCGUCGUCGUCACAAAAUACCAACCCGGCCCCGCCCACACUGCAAAAGGCCGGUCUAGUAGCGGCGACACCAUCAACGGCCCAAGACACAUCCGUCGCCGCACUACUGCCUCUCCUGGCGGCACAGCCAUCCCACUAUGUCACCCUCCACAUUCACGGCAAGCCAUACCUCGUCACUCCUGGCGACUCGAUCCGCCUGCCAUUCAAGAUGCCCGAUGUUCUCCCAGGAGACAUACUCCGAUUCGAUCGGGCGAGCGUCAUUGGCUCAAGGGAUUUUACUCUCAAAGGCAACCCCUGGAUCAGCGAGGGGCUAUUUGAGUGCCGCGCCGUCGUCAUUGGUACCGAGACUGAGCCGAUUCGCCACAAGAUAAAAAAGAAACGGCGUGAACGCAAGACAAAGAUUGUCAAGAGCAAACACAAAUACACCGUGUUGAGGAUCUCAGAGCUCAAGAUCAUUGCCCCAGACACGGCCGAAGCAUCCUCGACGAGCUGAUCUGAGCUGGGCAGCUGAGGGCGGCGAGAUUGGGUCCUGGUGUGGUCAGUUCUGUCCUGGGACUCCAGGUCCGAGCCUAUUCGGUGUCACAGAUGCAACCCAGGGAUAAGAUGUGGAUGAGAGACAGAGAGAACC